ACACCCUUAUUAUUUCAAAAGUGGUCUUAAACCUCAGUCCCCAAAAUGAAAAAAAAAAACAUAAGUAGUUUUGGAUCCUUAAACCCUCCAACACCAAAGCUCACACUUCAAAUACAGAAACAAUAUUAGUAUUACGGAAGAAUUUUUGGGUAUGCAGAUUGUCCGGCGGCUCUCUGUUACUGUUUCCAAGCGAGUAUUUGGUGAUGCUUCAAAUUCAGCCAGUGGGUUGAAUAUUCAGCGCCGUGGCAAGUCAUUUGCGGCCACCGUUCCCUCUGAUUCAGCCGAAGAUAAGAGUAAAGGGAAAAGGGUGUCCAUUGAAGAAAGAAGAGCAAUGGCGGAAGCUUUUGUUAACAAAUAUAGAGCCAUGAAUGGUGGAAAAUUUCCAUCUACUAAGGUGGCAAUGAGAGAAGUUGGUGGCUCAUUUUACACUAUCAAGAAGAUUGUCGAAGAAUUGCAAUACAAUGCUAAAAUGCCAGUAGAUAAAGACACUGUUGUUAAAGAAGCUUCCACAAGAAAAGCUACAGUUAGGAAGGACAAUGUACUGAGAAAGGUUGAACAGACUUCAAACAGUGCAACUGCUCUCGAACAUGAAGAAUGCUUAGAUGGUCAGUUAACCAAUGAGAGUUUAUUUGAAAAAGAAUUCAAUCAGAAAUGGAAGCCCUCACAUGAACUCAAAGAAAUCCCAAGUGAUCGACAAACAGUUGAUGAAGUCAUAUCUCAAGAAACUCAAUCAUUAACCAGAAGUGGGGUGGAAGGUGGGGAUAUUAAUAGCAACCGUGAGGCAGAGGCAAAGCUACAAACUCCAAUAGCAGUAGAGCAGACUUUGUUGCAGAUUUCAAGAAUUUCUGGAAGUGAUAAUAAAAAUGCUGCUGCACAAGUUUUUGAAUCGGAGCUAGAAUCUUUUUCGCGUUCCAAGGAACCUGAGAAUAAUAUAAAACAGAAAGAUUCCCCUAUGGAAGAUUUCAAAUUUGAUGGCCUGAAGCAGAUGGAUGAGCCAAAACAUUCACCUGAACCGGAAAAGCCUACAAGGGAAUUAUCCAAUGAGCGUGAGGCUGAUACACAAGCGGAAAGUAAACCAUCCAUGUGGAAAAAUCUAAAAUCUUUUGCAGAUGGACUCCUCAACAUGUGGUGGAAAUAGUACAUUGGUGUCCAGAGAGUUACUUGAAAACAAGGAGUAGAUGGACAGCAUUUACGUCAGUGUAAGAAAUUUUGUUUUAUGCAUCCAAGUGUUUUGAAUGAAUAAAUGGUCAAAAGUGAGAGAACCUGAUGAUAUAUGAGGGAUUGCUGUUUUGAAGCAGUAAUUUUCUUUUUACAAGAUAGGAUCCAUUUUGGUAGGACAGAAUUGUUGUAGUAGGUUAGAAUUGGGUAUGAUAUAGUUGAUGGUGUAAUACUAUCCUCACUGAAGAUGCAUGAACAUGUAAAUAGCUCAAUCUAACCAUUUUUAUUUGUUC